CAGAGCUGCUGCUGCUGCUGCUGCUGCUGGAGGAUGAGCAGGGAGCCGAAGAUAAUGCUCCAUCCCUUUAGAGUGCAGCAGUACGCUGGACACCUUGUCAUUUCUCGAGGUUGUGGCACCAUCCGUAGGGGAAGGGGGUCUUCGUUGUUGCAGCAGUGAUUGCUCCUUUCUUUUUUUUUCCUUUUUUCCCCUUCACCACAGUCUUCUUUAUCAUCUUCCCCCUCGCCCCUCCUCACUCCUUAUUCCUCUGCAACUGGCAAGCGCUGGGCUCCCCCUCCUCUCUCUUCUACUUCUGUCCUCUUUCCAGAGGAGGGAUUUCUGUGUUUCAUCAGGGAUUUUUGAAGACAUGACUCUCUGGGAAUGAUGGUGUUGUCACUGGUGCUCCCCUCUCUGUCGCCAUGACGAUGCCAUUCAGCCCCCUGUCCAGCGACGAGGAGCAACAAAGGAUGCUGGGAAACAAUCGCCAUCUCUAUCCAGGGGCAGAGGACGAGGAGGAGGAGGAGGAGGAAGAGGAGGAGGAAAUGGAAGAAGAUGAGCGUGAUGAGGACGGGGAGGAGGAGGAGAACGGUGAGCUGGAAGGGGAGGAGGAAGACGACGAGGAGGAGAUGGUGGAGGAGGUCAGGCGAGGAGGCCUGUCCAGGGGGGGCAGAGGUGAAGGUCACAGGCAGUCGGGCAAAAUGUCCACGCGGCCCAGCGGGGACAGACAGGUCCGGACAGGGAAUCCUGGUCAGACUGCGAACCCUUAUUCCUCUAACCCUGGAGCCACACACCAACAGCAGACCAAUCAGAUACAGCAGCAGCAGCAGAGGAGGCCGAAGGAGCGCGGCUCCGGCUCCGUGCCACCUGAGGACGCUCACAUCGCCAUGAUGGUGUUUCGCAUUGGGAUCCCAGACAUUAAGCAAACGAAGUGUUUGCGGUUUAACCCAGAUGCCACGGUGUGGAAGGCGAAGCAGCAGGUGCUGUGCUCCCUCACUGAGUCUUUGCGAGACGUCCUCAACUAUGGUCUGUUCCAGCCGGCCACCGACGGCCAUGAUGCCAAGUUCUUGGAAGAGGAGAGGCUGCUCAAAGAGUACCCACAGUCCUUUGAGAAAGGGGUGCCAUAUUUGGAGUUUCGAUACAAGACCAGGGUGUACAAACAGACCAAUCUGGAUGAGAAGCAGCUGGCCAAACUGCACACAAAGGCCAGCCUGAAGAAAUUCAUGGAUUACAUCCAAACCAGUGCUGUGGACAAGAUGGUCAAGUUCUUAGACAAGGGCCUCGAUCCAAACUUUCAGGACAGUGACACCGGCGAGACUCCUCUGUCCCUGGCAGUACAGUGUGAACCAGGUGGAGGUGAGUCCAUCCGGGUCCUCGUGGAGGGAGGGGCUCACAUUGACUUUCGCGCCAAAGACGGACUCACGCCGCUACACAAAGCUGUUCGAGGCCACCGCCAUACGGCCCUGCUGGUCCUGCUGUCUCUGAGCGCGUCUCCAGACUACAAGGACCGGCGAGGGCUGACACCGCUAUACCACACUGUGCUGACAGGGGGCGACACCUCCUGCUGCGAAACACUGCUGUAUCACCACGCCAAGCUGGGCAUCAGGGACGAGAAUGGCUGGGACGAGACGCAUCAGGCUUGUCAGAACGGCAACUCGCAGCAUCUGGAGCACCUCCUUUUCUAUGGGGCAGACUCUUCCUCCCAGAAUGCCUCUGGAAACACUGCCUUGCACAUCUGUGCUCUAUACAACAAGGAAAGCUGUGCACGAAUUCUGCUCUACAGGGGAGCAAAUAAAGACACAAAGAAUAACAGUGGGCAGACCCCGUUCCAGGUGGCUGUCAUGUCCGGCCAUUUUGAGCUGGGAGAAAUUAUUAAAAACCACAGAGAUACAGAUGUGGUUCCCUUUGUGGAGUCUCCAAAAUAUGCUCCUCAGAGGCGAGAGAGCACCCGCACCCUGACGAUACCCCACCCUCAUCCCUUCCUGCGGGCCAACAGCGACAGCAGCAUGAAUCUGCCAGACUGGAUGGCAGUGCCCAACGCCCCGGGGACCAACAUCGUCUCUGUGCAGGGCUAUAAACAUACUGGCACCCUGCGAAGCGCCAGCAGUCCCAGAGGAGCGAGGACGCGUUCCCCGUCCCGGGGGAGAAUUGGAGACAAGGAGGACCGGAGCAGGCAGAGUCGGAGACAGGGGCCUGCCCCCACCAGCACCACCAUACAAACAGCUGGUCAGCGCAGACGCCUCUACAGCGCCGUCCCAGGACGAAGCUUUGUAGCUACUCGAGCCCACUCGGCACAAGGAGAGCGAGAGAUCAGCUUCAAUAAAGGAGACAGGGUCAAAGUGUUGAGUGUUGGUGAGGGCGGCUACUGGGAGGGGACGGUCAGAGGUCGCACAGGCUGGUUCCCCUCCGACUGUGUGGAGGAAGUGAUGCAUCGGAGCCAAGACGCACGAUCAGAGAGCCGUGGGGAACGAGCAAAAAGGCUGUUCCGCCAUUACACAGUGGGAUCCUAUGACAGUUUCGAUGCUCCCAGUGACUACAUAAUCAAAGAAAAGACUGUACUUCUGCAGAAAAAAGACAGUGAGGGGUUUGGCUUUGUGCUGAGAGGAGCCAAAGCUCAGACUCCUAUUGAGGAGUUCACUCCCACUCCGGCCUUUCCUGCCCUGCAGUACCUGGAGUCAGUGGAUGAGGGAGGUGUGGCCUGGCGAGCCGGUCUCAGGAUGGGGGAUUUCCUGAUAGAGGUCAACGGUCAGAACGUGGUUAAAGUUGGUCACCGGCAGGUCGUCAACAUGAUCAGGCAAGGUGGAAACAGCCUCAUGGUCAAGGUUGUCAUGGUCACCCGCAACCCUGACAUGGAGGAUGGUUCGAGAAAGAAAAUUCCCCAGCAGAGUAAGAGGCUCAACACGCCGGCCAUCGCCCUGCGAUCCAAAUCCAUGACUUCAGAACUGGAGGAGAUGGUGGAGCGAGCUGCUACCCCUUGGAAAAAAAAAUCAGAAUUCGAAUCUUCACAAGUUACAGAGAAGAAGAGGACGGUCUAUCAGAUGGCUUUGAAUAAACUAGAUGAAAUUCUUGCAGCAGCUCAGCAGACAAUCAGCACCAAUGAGGCGCCAGGGACUCGGGGACAGGGGCCAAAAAGAGACAGAGGACGAAGUUUCUAUGGCAAUGAGGCAAAUUACGGGGAUCAGUCCGGGGUGGGGGUGAUGUCAUCUGGUUUGGGACUCGGCUACGACCGUGGACAGUACACCUCAGGUCACGUUCCACCGCAUGGUAUGCUGCGGCAGAAAUCCAUCGGGGUUCCCGAGGAGGAGAAACAGUUCCUGCAUCCUCCAGCCAUGAAGUUUGCACGCAGUCUGUCGGUGCCCGGUCCAGAUGAUAUCCCCCCACCUCCCACCACUGCUCCACCGGACCCUCCAUUCUCCUCUGCGCCGCCCCUCGGUUGGAGAGCCAAGUCAUCUCAGCAGCCCUCUGUCUCUGUGUCCCAGUCCACAUCCACCUCUGCGCACUACCAGCCCUUCUCCCAGUCAGUGCACUUCACCCAUGGAGGCAGGGAGAGGGCGGGUGGUCCUGCCACUGGCCCUGGUAUUGGAGCGGUGGAUCACACAACCUCAUAUGCACAUGCUGCUGCCCACACUGCUCAAAGCAGGACUGCUUCGCGAAAGGUUGCCUAUACUGGGGAGCCUCUUGGAGCUGGUAUAGGAGUUGGUGGAGGGGCAAAGGCAGCGGGUCUUAGGAGAGGCUACAGCACUGCUGUUCCCCCUUCUAGUAUUGCCACAGUAAUACCCCAGCAACAACAGACUACCCAGAGUCAACCCCAGCGAACAGACCGCAGUGCAGGUGGGGCUGGAGCAGGAGGUCCUAAAGGAGGAGCCCGGAGAGGCAAGGGCCCCCUGGUGAAGCAAUCUAAGGUAGAGGACCUGCGUUUGGGCCAAGGCACACUGGGGGGCAAAGGCUCGGUGGAGAAAAGUUCCAUCCCCAUCCCCACCAUAAUUGUCAAGGCUCCUUCAACCAGCAGCAGUGGACGCAGCAGCCAGGGCAGCAGUGUGGAGGCUGAUGCUCCUGCAUCAGGGGAGACAGAUGAAACAAAAACACCUCAUGGUCCUCCUCCCUCCACUCCUGCUCCUCAACCCCCAGCCCCACCUUCCAUCCCAGCACCACCACCCCCAUCCUUGCCUUCUAUGCGAGCCCAGGAUAACCUGGACUUUACCAGUCAGUUUGGGGCUGCCAUUGUUGGAGCAGCUCGCCGAGACAGAGAACGAUUUCACGAGGCCCGCAGGAAGAGUGCCUCCAUGUUUAUGUCUGCUGAGGAGGAUGUGAGUCUUGGGGGAGUAAGUGACGGGGUGGGAUUAAGUAGGACUCAGGUGUCACAGCAACAGGUUAGCAUACAGGCCGACGGUUCAUCCACACGGCUGCGCCCAUCCAAGUCAAUUGACGAGGGCAUGUUCUCUGGGGACACUUUUAUCCAUCACACCCGAAGUAUGCCUCCAGCCUUUGGUCUACCUGAGUACUCCACACCUGCUCCGGACUAUCAGCCCAAGUCUGUUCCCACUGACUUGUACACAGCAGCAGGCAGGCAGUCAGCACCCUCUUCUAGCACCACAUUUAUUCACCCGCUAACAGGCAAGGCACUUGACCCCUCAUCACCAUUAGGCCUUGCCCUUGCUGCCAGAGAGCGUGCUCUGAGAGAUGACAGCAGGUACAGAAGGGGAGUAGAGCACCACUUUACCCGCCAGAUGUCGAGUGUGGUGUUUCCUUCAUCUGCUGUCACCUCUCAGCCAGUGUCAUCUGUCGCUCAGUCCUCCAGCUCCUCUUACCUGGUUACUUCAUCCUCUCUGGCUGCCACUACACCCACAGUUGGUCGCCCACCUUCACCCAGAAUCCUCAGAGGGGUUGGUAGCAGUGCGUGGGGUGAGGAGGGCAGUGGAGGUGAGAGGGAGCGGGAAGGAGGAGGGGCUCGCGAGGGGCUCAGAGUUCGAUUCUCUGAGGAUAAAACAGUCCACACGCACCACUACCAGUCUCAGCCGUAUCAACCAUCUUACAAGGAGAGGGAGCGGGAGAGGUCGAGAGAGCGGGAGAGGGAGCUGUCGAGAGAAAGAGAGAGAGACAAAGAGAGAGAGGGUUACAUGAGGAGGGCAGAACAGGCUGCUGCAAAUGCAGCAGCUGCUGAUAGCUCUGCCCAGCAGGGGACACAGUCUCAGGAGCCUCGCAGGCCGUCAUUUCUCAGGAUGGAAAGUCAAACUGAUGCCUAUAUCUUGUCCCUCACCCCUCCCUCUCCUCCACCUACCAGUGCUCAGCAGACAUUGAAAACUACUGGGAGCACUGGCCUGAUGGUUCUUCCUCCCCCUGCCCCCUCUGUUGAUGCAGAUGAUGAGUUUGUCUACGCAGACCCUCUUCCUCCUCCACUGGAGUUUGCCAACAGCUUUGACAGGGGAAUUUCAGGGUACUCACAGCACGGGAUUCGCCCUAACAGCCUCAACUUCCGCCAACAACAGGCACCACCCCCUCCACCACCACACGCCUCCGCCCCCACCACCCCCGCCACCCCCUCAAAAGAACUAUUUGCCAGCGGGUUUCCUGCUCAUACACCCCUGCCCUCACCCCAGGCAGGGGACUCCACCGCCUCCAGCCUCACAUCUUAUGAUAGUGAGGUGGCUAACCUGACUCAGUCAGCUCCUUCCCCUUCCCAAACAUCACCCAAUCCCCUGCCCCCUCCUUCACCAUCUACUCUGCAGCCCACCUCUGUAGCGGGACCUUCUGCUCCCCCGUCAGUUUCACCACCACCUCCAUCUGGAUCCUACCACAGACCCUUCUCCAUGUCCCACUCCCACCACCUUUACAACAGCACUCACACCCCUGGGCGCUCUUCUCCCACUCCCCCCCUGCACACAGUUGCGCCUCCCCCAGCCUACCGUGGUCCCCCAGCGCACUACUCCACUGCUGCCACCUCUACUCCUCAUAGGAGCACUGCCUCCCAUGCCAUGACCACUAGCUGUGCCACUACAACCACCACUGCUGCCACCACAACAAGCACCUCCACUCAGCUCUACCAGGAGCGAACACAUACCACACAUACGACAUCCUCCACCGCCAUCAUAGGCAGUCGAAGGACAGGGGAGCACCACCGGACUCCCCCUGCUACCAAGAAAGGGGAGUCCCAGGAGACAGUAGUAGAUUCUGGGAUUGAGGAGCUGGAUAGCCGCAGCAGCAGUGACCACCACCUGGAUAGCAUCCUAGCUCACAGUGGAGCUGGUGUGCGUGACAGGCUGGACAGAGGACGUAUGGCAGGGGGAAGCGGGGUGGGGGAAUCGGAGAGGGGAGGAGAUUUUCUAGACUCUUACAUGAGUUACUUGGACGGACAAACAUUUGAGAUGCAGAAUGCUACAGCAGCAGCCUCCACCUACCCCAAAGCCAACAGGUUCAGAGACGGAGGUCGCGCUGGGGAGUUACACAGACAGACCAGUACUGCUCCUCCAUCCUUCCACUCCCACAGACGAAGAGAUGAGCAGACGGACGACGAGGUCGAGGAGGGAGUGCUGGAGGAUGAAAGUGGCCAUGAUGGAUAUGGGAUGAGGGACGUGCAGUCUAUGGUACGAUCCACUUCACCGUACUUUGACCGGCCACGCACUCCUGAGAUAAAGCCUCACUGGGGUGAGGGUCAGAUGAGCAGUGAUGGAGGCGGCCAGUCCGGGACACUUUUAGAGGGGAAGAAGAUUUACCCACCUGCAUCCAGUAUGAAGCCCAGCAUCAUUAAUGAGCUGAGCAGCAAACUGCAACAAAGAACCAAGGACAGCUGGAGCAGCCAGAGAACACUGAGCAGACAUAGAAGCAGAAACAGAUUUUCAGAAGAUUCAGUCUCGGCUCUGAGCCCGCCUUCAGCUCGAUCCCUGUCCCCAUCUCCAAUCUCGUUAUCACAGCCAUCACUGUCCCCAUCCCCCACGCCUGUUUCCCAGUAUCCCAACUGGGGACGAUCCCCGUCCCCACAGCCCCAAGCUGCCCCGCAGCCUCCACGUUGCCAUUCGCCACUAUCCCCGACUUAUUCCCCUUACCCCACCUCCCCCAAACACAGACCUGUCUACCGGACCAAAGCCCUAGAAUUCAAGUUCAUUCCUAGUCGUGAGUCCCGUAAAGCAGAAUCACACAUGCUCCAGCGCAGGCGAGCACCAAGCCCCCUCAUCUCCCCAUCAGAGAGGCCCAAACUGGGCCCACCACGUCCAUCCUCCCUUCCACUACUCCCCACCUCGCCCCUAUACAGUGCCAUGUAUGACCUUCAAGGUUCAAUUACUCCUCCAUCACCUGGGAACCCUCUAGGUGAUCCUUAUUUCUCGCCAUCUCCUCCCCUGUUUGCCCCCUCUGGUGCCCCUCCACCUCCAAACUCCACUCUGGUUGUUUCACGAUCCCUCUCACCGACACAUUUCCUGUCCGGGACCUCGUCUCCACCCCUGCAUCCUCUCCCUCCACCUACCUGCCUGAGUUACCCCCAUCUACCGCCCCCUUCCCCAACAAAGCCAUUUGCCUCCAAGCCGCUGCCCUACUGGACCAAGUAUGACGUUGCAGACUGGCUAGGAUACCUGAACCUGGGCGAGCACAGAGAGCGCUUCUUGGACAACGAGAUCGACGGCACCCACCUGCCCUCUCUAACCAAGGAUGAUUAUCUGGACUUGGGAGUGACACGAGUGGGUCAUCGCAUGAACAUAGAACGGGCACUGAGGAACAUAAUUGAUAGGCUGUCCAGCAGCCCAUUUCCUAUUUCUGUUCUCUCACCUCGGGAUGGACAGAGUGAGAGGAGGAGAGAUGACGUGAGCCAGAGCUGAGGUUGCAAAUGCAGAGAUUGAAAGAGAAAGGAAGGAGGGAUCGGAGGCAAUGAGGGAGGAAGACACAACUGCUGCUGUCCAUGGUGGAUUCACACGAAAAAUGAGAGAGGAACAGAUUUCACACAGAGAGCAAGAAAAGGGGGAGUCAGUUCCCGAAGGGAGAUGGAAACACAGGGAUGGAAAAAAAAAAAAAGGGCUGAUGAUCCAUAAAUAAACCGGCUGGCGCUCCCUGGUUGUGGCAGGCUGAUUUACACCCCGACACUUCCCCACAUGCAUGCACGGUCACAAUCAACAAACAAAAACACCCAUUCAUCCAAACAAAGCUUAUGGAGACACUGUGGCUGCAGCAGUUCAUACAUGGAAGGAACAGAGAUUAUACCAAAACCUGGAGGAACAAAGAGAAGCCACUUAGUUUUUAUGUUGUUCUUCUUUCUUUUCUUUUUGGCCAUGACCAG